UUGAAAAUCAUCACGAUUGCACAAGUGCAAUUCUCAUUUCUGACUACGCAAGAAACGAGAAAUUUCAAAGUGAAAAAAAUGAAUUAUUGAAUUUGAUCAUGACACAUCGUGGGUUUCUUACAAAGUUGCAAUCAAAAGAAAUCAAAUUACGAACGCGUCCAACAAUUAUAAGGCGAUUACUUUCAUUAAUAGAUGAUGUAGAAAAACUUGAGAAAGAUUAUACAAACCAGGAAACUACAAAUAUUGCAGUAAACAUAAAACGUAUAGAGAACAUUGCUUCAUGCUUUCAAGCAAUACAGAAUGCAAACACUCCCUCUGCUAUUGUUAUCUGCAAAAAUCUUAAAUUAAGACUUAAGGAAUCGGAAAACGAAUAUGAACAAGUAAGUGGUGAUUGCAUUGGUAGAAUGGCGAAAUUAUACGAGUGUUACAGCUCCGAAAUGCGCCUCAUUAACAGUAAAGACAAGCAUAUACGGGAACUUAUUUCCGUUGUCAAGAAUAUCACAAUGAACACAGUCAGUAAGAAGGUUAAAUAUUUCAGAACAACACAGUUUCUUCUCGAGUCAGCACCCUCAAACGCUAUUCUCAUGGAAUCAGGUGAAACAGUCAUUUUGGACACAACCAGAAAUAUAGUAAGGGUUUACAAUACUGAUGAAUGGGAGGAAGUCGGUCACCUAUCGCUCGGAGGUGUGGUUCAUUCAAUAGCUAAGACAGAAUUGGAAACACCAACAUUGUUGGCCUCGAUUCCUGGUCAAAAGAAAGUUGUAAUGUUUGACAUAAACGAUAAAAAAGUAAACAUUGUUGAAGAAGUCAAUCUUUCAACCGCAUGUUUCAGCAUAGCCCCGAUAAAAGAUGAGUUAUACGCUAUAAAUGAUAAAGGAACUAUUACACAACUUUCGUUUACCGAUAAAAAAGAAUCGUUUGUGUAUUUAACAAAACGACCUGAAUUAAAAGAGUUCGAUCCCUCCGACAGUCAGAUUUGUGUCAAUAUGCACAAAAAGCUUUUAGUCGUAACUUUUCCACGACGUGAUACAAUUAUGGGAUUUCAUUUGGACGGACGUGUUCGUUGGUGUUUAGUUGACCAUCAUUUACUUCAAGGAUUGCGAGGAAUGGCGUUUGUAUUUGAUAAGUUACACGUUUGUUGCGAAGCGACAGCUUCGGUACUGCUGGUUGGAAAUGAUGGCAAAAUAGUCGAUGACUUUUUUGGCAAGAUAGUUGAUCUCCAUAGACCCCUUGCAGUAUCGUUUGGCUUUUUAGAUGGAACAUUUCUAGUUUCAGAUAAUCAUGCUGGUCACGAGCUGAAAUAUAUUUCGUGUAAAGACCUUGCGUAUGAUCCUAUGGUAGACCCAUUGCGCAUAAUGCACCGAUGUGUUUUAUUGUAGACCUUUUAUAUAUAAUAGUGAACAAAGUUCUACAGAAAACAGGCGAGAACGAUGUGAGUCCUGUUGAACGUUAUUAUUUUUGGUCCUACUGAAAUCGAGUUCUAUGCAACCCCUUGUUUCAGACCACGUUUUAAAUUGACGGGUCAAUGACUUGCGACAUAGGAAAUCUAAAAACUUCUUUUACUUUUUAUAUAUAAAGAAAAGAGGCCAUUUAUCAGUAUUUUGCUUUUAUAUAGUAAUGUUCAUUAAUCUGACAAUCAAUAAGCUAGCUAUUGUUCUUUGAACAUUUAGGUGUUUUACUUUUGAAUCGUUGUCGUAGUAAAUCUUGUAAUAGUUAGUGUUUUUUUGUCUUCUAAGCGAUAAAUGCCACAGGCUAGGAGUAGCCCGCCGCCGACUUAUCGUAUAGAAGGUCAAACAUAAAUGUACACUUUCUGAGUGUUCUGUGUGAAGCCUAUUAAAUGCAUUUUAAUAGCCAGUGCUCAUGCGCGAGCGUUGAAAGAACUGGCCAAUAAAUAAAGCCAAUCAAUGAAUGGAUGGAAAUUUGGAGGUUGUCUUCGGUACCUAGUAAUUGAAAUUUGGCAGUUGUAAUCUUUUUCAAAAUAAUUUUGGUUAUCAGAGCUCUUUUAAAUGAUGUAAUGUGGAUCUGUGCUGCGAUCUCAUUGGCGGAGACAUGAGUCUGAACACUAAACUAUUGAAGAUGUACACUAUUUAAAGGCCAAGGAGAAUGUGAUGAUUUUUGAUCAGUCAUUUUAUAAAUGAACGUAAA